AUGACUGAAAGCACGUUUUUCAAAAAAAAAAUCCAAAGUGAAUAUUGGAAUAAUCAAAUAAUAGACUCUGGAAGUGAUGAGCAUGCAGAAGUUACAUCAUUAAGUACCGAUAAUGACACAGGGACUAUUUUGGUUUCAACUUCAUCCAAUGUAGAAAAUUUAAAAAUAUUUCAAACAACAGAUAAAACAAGUGAGUCGGAGCAAGAGCAAGAAAAAACUACCAUUUUAAGGACACUACAAAAAAUAACUGUACCUGGUGAACCAAUUAGUACAAGUGAAUUAGUAACCUGUAAUCAAGACAACACUUUCAUAACUUGUGCCGUUGGACAUCAGAAUGGCCGUUUAAAUAUUAUAAAAACUGACAAUAAAAAUUACACCAAAAUAAUUAAGCAUUAUAAUUAUUCGAAAUAUUUUUUUUCAACAAAAACCAGUCACCAAAACAAAUAUAUAAUUAAAAAGAUCCAAAAUUGGAAUAAUGGUCAAGGAGUUUGCAGCUCUAUCAACGAGGCCAUUGCAAUUUCGGACCUUAACAGUAAAAGUAGCACUCCUUUAUAUUUUAAUUCAUUUGAAGGUUUGGAAUCAUUUGCUAUUAAUCCCGUACAUUCAACGUUGUUAUGUUUGACAUGGGAAAAAGUUAUUGGAUUGUUAGAUUUACGUGAAGAUGAAUAUUUCACACCAAGCUCAAGUUUAACAAAAUCCUCAAGCAAUAACGAUAAUAUUACUCCAAACACUGCCUCGCAUUUUUCCAGCUCUUACAACUAUGUUAGACCUUGUUGUUGGUUAAAUGAGUACAGCGUUGCUACGGUGGAUAAAGCUCCGAAUGUGGUUAAUAUUUGGGAUAUCAGAAAAAUUAACGGGAAAUUAAUGGAACUGCAUCAUGCUGAUAAAGACAUGAUACAGGAUUUGAAAUAUUCCCCAAGGGACAAUUUUUUAUAUACUAGUGACAUGAUUCAUGGUACCGUGGUUGCAUGGGAGUUACUAACAAAUGGCGCUGGUACCCACGAUACUAACGCCGUUUUGAAAUGCACAACAAGCGGAAACAAUUCAGAUAUAUAUAGUAGGCAGUGCGGGAAUGUGAUUCUAGAUCAUUAUAGAAGCAACACUGAGAUCAACAACAAACCGGUACAUAAUGGGAACAAUAUGAUUGGAUUAGUUAACAAUUCAUUAUUAACGUUGGAUAAUAAUAAAGAAUUAGGUAUUCAUAAAAUCUGUAACAUUAUGAAACCUUUAUUAUCAGUUAAUGCAAAGAGUAUUAAAUUUAGAAAUAGGGAAAGUAAAAAUAAUAAUACAAGUAAUAGUGACUCAAUAAGUUUAUGUACUUCUAUUGACUCACAACGCAAUUGCAAACUAAGGGAUGAACAUAAUUGUUCAAUAUAUUCAAUGACAGAUCCAGAAGAGCUUGAAAUACUUAAAAACAUUAACGGCGUAAGCUGGAGUAAUGAUGAAGAUCAUGAAGUGUCUGAUUUUAAGACUGGUGAUUUAGAAUAUACGUAUAUAUGA